UACUGUCAUUGUUUUGUUUUGGUUUCCUUUCUGGGCCCAGCUGCAAGCGAAUUUGUGAAUUUGCAUUGGCCAGGCCAGCUGAUUACUAGCGAAAAAAAUUUGUUUUGCUAGAAAUCUUGUUUUAAUAAUUAAGAAAUAUUAGGUAACGACAAUGAAGAAGACCCAGACCUUUCUGCGACGCAAUUCCGUUGCAAUUGUAAUGAUUCCAUCUAUAAUUGGUAUUCAUUAUGCCUGGAACUUGAUGCAGAAAAAUCGCACGCUAGUUGCCGCCGACGAGGAAAUUGACCUGCCUGUUGUGACGUUUGCUAAAUACUGCUGGAGUCGAGUGCAAGGUCUAACCGGUAGUGAGCAAAGUGUCGAAAAUACAAGCAAACCCGCAACAGCAACAGCUGCCGUAAAAUGAAAGCAUCUUCUUCGUUGUGCUGGUAGUUGAAAUGUGUUGAAAGUAACUUGUAUAUAACGCUUCGAAGAAUAUAGAUUAUGUGUUUACCCCCUUUUAAUAAUG